CCCCUGUGGCACGGGAGGCCAUGCUGGUGUUCUGGCUCCGAGGCGGCCGCGGCCAGCUCCGACUGCUCGUUGUCAUUUCAGCAAUGGCAUUUGGAUCUACUGCAAACCAAGAACCACCUGUAAUAAAGUGCAUGUUAAUUGAUCACAGGAUCAAUGAAUCAUCAAUAACUACAUCAUCAACAACAUUUAUGGCAUCAGAUCUCAUGAAAGACCUUGGAUGUUCCUUGAAACCUGAAAAUCCAGGAGUUGUAUAUAAAGCAGCUGAGACAGUUGAAGUAGAUAUUUUUGCAGCCUUUACAUUGCAAGUGAUAUUGAGCAUUCGGGGGAACAUUUCAUGUGCCUGGUUCUUUAAGAAUAACUGGACUGAUUGCCAACCUGACUUUGAUUUACAAAACAGAGGAGUUGUUUCCAUAGUCAUUCUGAAAAUGACAGAAACUCAAGCUGGAGAAUACCUACUUUCAAUUCAAAGUGAAGCUAUGAAUUACACAGUGAUACUUACAGUGAGUGUAAGAAGAAAACUCGGAAAUCCAUACUUUAGAAAAAUGGAAAACCAGGAUGCUAUAGUCUGCAUAUCAGAAAGCUUCCCAGAUCCAGUGAUAGAGUGGUCUUUUUGUAGCCCGCAGAGUAAAAGCUGCAAAAGAGGAAGUCAAGCUGUCAUUAGAAAGAAGGAAAAGGUUCUUCGUGAAUUAUUUGGAACAGACAUAUGGUGCUGCGCAAGAAAUGACUUGGGGGAGAAAUGCACAAGGCUGUUUACGCUAGAUCUAAAUCAAACCCCUAAAACAACUCUACCACAAUUAUUCGUUAAAGAGGGGGAACCCUUGUUGAUAAGAUGCAAAGCUGUUUAUAUGAACUAUGAAUUCAGCCUUGCCUGGAAAUUAGAAAACAGGACAUUAAAAGAGGGCACUCCCUUUGAGAUGAGUAUGUAUUCAACCAACAGGACUAUGAUUCGGAUUUUAUUUGCUUUUGUGGAAUCAGUAGGAAGAAGCGAUACUGGGCAUUAUAUUUGUGCUUCGUCAAAGCAUCCCAGUCAAUCAACUUUGGUUACUGUCUUAGAAAAGGGAUUUAUAAAUGCUUCCAAUUCAAAUGAAGAUUAUGAGAUUGAUGAACAUGAAGAAUUUUGCUUCUCAGUGCAGCUUAAAGCAUAUCCACAAGUCAUAUGCACAUGGACCUUUUCCCAAGAGUCAGUUCCUUGUAAACAAAGUAGUGUCAAGGACGGAUUCAGCACAUCAGAGUUUUGUGACCAUAAGCACCAGCCGGGAGAAUAUACCUUCCAUGCAGAAAAUGGUGAUGCUCAGCUCACGAAAACAUUUAGACUCUAUGUAAAAAGGAAACCUCAAGUCAAAAUGAACACAUCAGUAAAUCAGGCUUCUUGUCAUUCUGAUGGCUACCCUUCACCAUCUUGGACAUGGAAGAAGUGUCUAGACAAGUCUCCCAAUUGCGCAGAAAUCACCGAAGGGAUUUGGACUAAGAGGACUAACAAGAAAUCAUUUGGACAGUGGAUAUCGAACAGCACCCUCAAUCUGAGUGAGCAGUUCAAAGGACUCAUAGUUGAAUGCUGUGCCAACAAUUCACUGGGCUCCUCCUGUGACUCAAAGCUUUUUAACUCCCCAGGAUCUUUUCCUAUCACCCAAGACAAAGUUUUCUUCUAUGCCACCAUUGGAUUUUGUCUUCUCUUCAUCGCUGUUUUACUCUUAAUCAUUUUCCACAAGUACAGAAAGCAAUAUAGGUAUGAAAGUCAACUGCAGAUGGUACAGGUGACAGGCUCAUCGGAUAAUGAAUACUUCUAUGUUGAUUUCAGAGAAUUUGAAUAUGACCUCAAAUGGGAAUUUCCCAGAGAAAACUUAGAAUUUGGACAAGUCCUAGGCUCAGGUGCCUUUGGAAAGGUGAUGAAUGCUACAGCUUAUGGAAUCAGUGAAACUGGAGUUUCAAUCCAAGUUGCUGUCAAAAUGUUGAAAGAAAAAUCUGACAGCUCAGAAAAAGAUGCUCUCAUGUCAGAGCUCAAGAUGAUGACUCACAUCGGAAGCCACGAGAAUAUUGUGAACCUAUUAGGCGCUUGCACACUGUCAGGACCAAUUUAUUUGAUAUUUGAAUACUGUUGCUAUGGGGAUCUUCUAAACUACUUAAGAAGCAAAAGAGAAAAAUUUCACAGGACGUGGACAGAAGUCUUCAAACAGCACAAUUUCAGCUUCUAUCCCACUUUCCAUUCAAAGUCCAGAAUGCCUGGUUUAGGAGGAGUUCACAUCAGCCAAGGUUUAGAUCUGACCUCUGGAUUCAACAGGAAUUCAUUUUAUUCUGAAGAAGAAAUUGAAUAUGAAAACCAAAAAAGACUGAUCGAAGAAGAGGACUUCAAUGUGCUUACAUUUGAGGAUCUCCUCUGUUUCUCUUAUCAAGUUUCCAAAGGAAUGGAAUUUCUUGAAUUAAAGUCGUGUGUUCACAGAGACCUUGCAGCCAGGAAUGUACUGGUGACUCAUGGGAAAGUGGUGAAGAUAUGUGACUUUGGAUUGGCCAGAGAUAUAAUGAAUGACUCCAACUAUGUUGUCAGGGGCAAUGCUCGGUUACCUGUGAAAUGGAUGGCUCCUGAAAGCCUAUUUGAAGGCAUAUAUACAAUUAAGAGUGAUGUCUGGUCCUUUGGAAUAUUGCUCUGGGAAAUAUUUUCUCUUGGUGUGAAUCCUUACCCUGGCAUUCCAGUCGACAACAAUUUCUACAAGCUCAUUCAAAGUGGAUUUAAAAUGGACCAGCCAUUUUAUGCUACAGAAGAAAUCUACUUUAUAAUGCAAUCCUGCUGGUCUUUUGACUCCAGGAAAAGGCCAUCCUUCCCACAUCUGACUUCUUUUCUGGGAUGUCAACUGGCAAAUGCAGAAGUUGCGAUGUAUCAAAAUAUUGAAGAUGGAAUCUCCAAACCUGUGUCCAGUUACCAAAACAGGUCAUCUGGUAGCAGUCAUAUCAGUCCUGGCCAACCCCCUCCUCAGCCCCAGGAUAAAGAUCCCUAGAAAACCAACUGAGUCAUCUUAACUUCUCUCACCAAUCUUUAUGCGCACUGCAUAUUGCCAAAAGAAGGCUGGUGGAAUCACUGAAGUGGGAUGGAUCAUCAGCUCCCGCCAUGUUGGUAUGGCCUCUAGAUGUUCAGACAGGGUGUGUUCUUGUUUUAAAAGGAAAUUUUUAAAAAAGAAGAAAGGAAAGUCAAGGAAAACUGAUCAAUUAUAACUUGGUUUGUAUAUGUACUUGCAACCAAAGGCCUUCCCAUGAUGCCUAUGUGGAAAUGACAUACUUGAAUUAUCCUGUGUUUUUGUAAAUAUCUAAAAACAUUUUUAAGUGCCUAAUAUGAUUUCUUAAUCCAACCUUGAAAAUAACAUGUACUGGGGGCAGCUAGGUGGCACAGUGGAUAAAGCACUGGCCCUCGAUUCAAGAGAACCUGAGUUCAAAUGUGGCUUCAGACACUUGACACUUACUAGCUGUGUGAGCCUGCGCAAGUCACUUAACCCUCAUUGUCUAGCCAAAAAAAAGAAAAUAACAUGUACUUUAAGGUUAUCUCUUUUUUGUAGCUAUUCUAUGACUGUACU